UGCCCCAAAUAGUUACAAUGAUUCCAUUAUUGCUUACUUAUUUAGUUUUAUUUGUGAAUGAAAUAAGUCUAACUGUUCUUACUCUAAUUAAUUUAUUAAAUUGUAUUUGAUAUUCAUAAGUUAGGAUUAGUAUUUUCGAACAUUCUUGAAACGUAAAUAAAAUAUGUCAAUAAUUGGUACAAAAUAAUGACGGUUGUCCCGAUUUCUGGCUCUUCCUUCCUUCCUUGUCAGGUUAUGUCGACGUAAAUAUUAUAUUGUAGAUUAAGUUACACAUUUGAAACACAUUUAUCGAUGAAAAAACUAUAGGCUCUAGGAAUUUCUACAUAUUCAUUCAAAAAGUACAGAAUUAACAUUCUUUACAUUAUUUUAUAUUGGCCUGUCAGUGAUUGGGACAUUAUCGUAUUCUUGUGUAUUAAUUAGUGACAACCAGAUUUUAAUCCGAAAUAUUAAUCUACUAACAUAUUCAUUUACUUAUUCAGUUCACAGUAAUCUUUAAUAAUUUGUUUAAUGUUAUUUUAAUACUUCAAAGCAACAUGAAUGCUCAAAAUUAUUAUAUUUGAUCAUGCUCGUCAUUCACAAUGUCUUAUAAGCUGUCGGCCAUGAAAUACAUAAGAAAGCUUAAAAGUCAAUGUACUUUAUAUUAUAAUUACAAGGUAUUUGAAAGAUGAUAGACUUUGCGAUGAAACUAUUACAAAAAAUAAUAAAUGACCAGCAGAAUAUUUUUAAAAUAUUAUAUUAUAUUGAAGUAUGAAGAAGUCAAUCUGAGAUUUUGUAAUGUAAAAUAUUUUCAAAGUGUCACUAACUAGGAUAUUGUUAUUAACUGGAAUAUUUACCUUAUUCGCGAUUAUAAUUAUAGGAUUGAUGUAAAUGUAGAUUCAUUACUAAUUAAGUUCAAUGUUGAAAAAAAAAUAAGAAAUGAAAUUAAGUGCGCCGUUACUUUUUAUAUAAUUAUUGCGUCAAGCAAUUUACACACACAACUUUAAGUUCGAUUGUUAUUAUUAUGCAAGAAAUAAUAUUAAACGAGAAUACGAAGUUGCGUUACGUUGUGAUAACUUCGUGACAUAUUUAAUGGCACGGAUGAGACUCAGCUGCUAGCUGUUAUUAAAUUUUCUGUGCGUACUCGCGCUGUAAAGAAACACGAACAUUUUCGGCAGCGACACAUUUCGUGUUGUUUGUGCGUGUGUAGUUUUGCAGUGGUUGGUGCACGCACUUCGCGCCUCGCUUCGCUUCGUGAGCAGCUGCACAGGCGUCGAACGAGCGACCGAAAAUAAAUCCCACGGAGAAUCCCCGUAUGUUUUAAAUAAAGCGAGCGCACGCGAUAGCCGAAGCCGGUCAGCGCGACGGACUCUCCGUUCGCGCGCGUUCUCGCCUCUCUCGCGAGUCGCGAAAAAAUAUCGUGUCCGCGCGCCAGGCGUUCUACGUGCAGCAGCAAUAAUAGCAGCUCGAUCAAGAAUUAAACUUUAGCAAUAAUUUCGGCAGAAAACAGUGAGUUUUCAUUCGUUAUCCGACUAUCGUAGCAACAUUUUACCGCUCGGACUUUUUCCUCAUAUAGUCAAAAAACAAAGUAGAGCUGGCGACUAUAACAAGAAGCGCGUCGUCGACGCCGGAUGAUGGCAUGCCAGUAGUGCCGAUAUCAGGAGUUGCCGCAAACGAAAUGAAGAGACAGAUGGAAACGGACGAGUUCAAGGCAGGGAUAUUGACCACUGGCGACAAAGACGGACGUCGCAACAGCAGUCACGCCGGCGUAGCAGUUGGUGAGUGGAAUUCAUUGCCGGUACUGGUAGAACGUCUGCGUGAGGCACUCGAGCUGUCCCUCGCCGCGGGUUGUCGGCACGGCGACCAGCCAACGGCGACAUCGUCGCUAGCCGAAUUGGGAGUUGGCACCGAAAUCAAUGAUCGACUCCACGUACAUCGUUCUAUGGAACAGGCGGUGCUUCGCAGUUACGACUACGACGAUUUCAAGUCAAGGAAAGACGAACUCAAGUUCCUGGAAGAUUUAUUGCUUUUGGAUAUUCAGACGGCAUUAUCACGUUUGCGCGAGACACUGGAACGCACGGACGUUGCGACACUUGCUAAGCACGGCGGUGUGUCGGAUUCUACGAGCAAGCUACAUCUUCUGCGACUGGUGUCUAGUUUGCUAUCACGUCUGCAAGUGCCGCAAAAGGAAGUAACAACGACCGGCGAGAAUAGAUUAAUGAACGUCGCAACAGCACAGGAUGCGUUAGUUGCGCGAAAACGACGCCCUGUCAGACAUACUAUUGGCGUCUCCGCUGAGGAGAUCGCGUACGCGCGGAAGCAACUGGAGGAGAGCAGCGCGGAUUUGAUGAAAUUAAAUAACGUGUCGAUUCAACGGCAACGGGAGUCAUUGAUUGUAUCGGGCAACGUGCCGAAUAGCGUGUCGAGUAGCGCAUCAAGUGACACGCCAAACAGCGAAAAACACACGGAGGAAAUCUGCGAUAAGUGCACAAAGAACGCGAUUAAUCAACGACAGUCUUUGCGCGAUAAAAAUAAGGACUGCCGCGGGGAUAUCGGUACAUAUUGUCCAGUAACGAUCGAAAGCGAUGAAUCAAAUAUAUCUCAGGAUCGACAUUGGUACAGCAAUAUCGACGACGAAGAAGCCGGUAUUGAAAGAACGAAUGAAGAACAGAGUCAAGUAACCAAACUCGCGGCAAUACUUCGGCAACGUGCGGAACUGGUUAGUGCCAGUAGAUGCAACGUCAACAAUAAUAAAUUUAUCGCGAAAAAAUUCAAGAUCAAGCGAGCCAAUACCGUCGAUAUACCGAGUUACCUGAAACUACAGGCCGGCAGUUUAGAUUAUAAUAACUCAGGUUGCAUACAACUGCGACGUCCUAUUCAUGUAGGUAAUAAGGUUACGUCAAAUGCAACCAACAACGUCACCGUGCCAUCAUUUCAUCCGCGAACUGAGAACGACAAGAAAUUCUUAGCGCUUAUCAACAGAAAUAAUGAAAUACAAACGACGUUCAAUGUCGCGCCUGCUUUCAAGUCUUUUGGUUAUACUAAAGCGACAGAUAUGUCGUCGAACGAGAACUGGAAUAACCGAUUCUCCAAUAUUAAGACUGCUUUUGACAAACAAUCUUCCGUGAACGACGAAAACAAACUCUCUUCCAAGCCGCGUCCCGCGAAACACUUUCCAAGUGCACUUCAAACUUUCUCUCAAGUAACAAACAAAAAGACACCAAUUAAUACUGGUAAUUCGAGUAACAGCUUGCCGUUUACCAACACGAACGUAUCGAAGUCGGACAUGGGUUUUAGGCAUGCACCUUCGUCGCUGUUUCGAAAAAUCGAAAAACCGCAGAGUCCAAUAUUACCGUCGAACUCUCACUGGCUCAAGAAUAACACGCCAUCAUCAGGAAACAGUCUACGCGAGAAAGCUAGAAUUAUGUUUGAUCGAGAUGAUAAUGUCCAAUCUCAGUCUACAAACAAAUUAAAAAUCGACGCAAAUGAGAACUUUCAGAAACCUUCCUUUCCUCGACUACCGUGGAUCGAACGUGAUCGAAACGAAGGAAAGACAACUGGGAUGAUCGCUGAAAAUGGGCGGCUCGAUUAUCGCCUCUUUUGCAAACAAUUCGCUCCUUUUAUAGGCAAAAACACUGCUGCGGAGCCUAAGAUAUUGCGAAAUCACGAAGAGCAUUGUAAACGUAAUGAACACUUGAUGCAACGUGAGAUCAUCCUUUCGCCCGAUAAUAAGUUGGCUAUAGCAGAUGAAAAAAUCUCCUUCAAGACGUUCUCGGAGAAGGGAUUGCGAAUCCCACACCAUCAUAGGUCGAGUGAGUCGCGUCAUGGAAUCGAAGGAUCGCGUCGUGACAAAUCCAACCUUCUUAGCGAGAAAGACGUCUUCGAACAAAUUCGUAAUCGUCGGUGCAACGAACAAAAUUUAUCGGAAAACGCGGUGGUUGAUGCAACACUCAGCGGCAGCUCAUCUAUUGCCAUUCAGACGGGUGAAAGCAGUGAUAAUCAGCCGGAAGAAGUGCGUGUGUUUCGUGUAAUUCCUCGAGUUUCAAAAAGUCAGCUGUCCACUUACAACGAUGCGUCCGUCCAAACCAAUCAGCCGGAGCAACCUCUGAUGAAGUAUAUAGAAUCUCAGAAAGAAUCUACGAAAGAGCGGGAGACUCCUCGUUACGAAUGCGAUGACGUUAACCCAAUAGUAAACUCAAGCUUUCAUUCCGCAGAGGAUCCUAGAAGCUUCGUCUUAAACUACAAUUGGAAUUAUCAUACCCUGGUGGCUGACGUCGUACCGAAAAAUGAGAGCUCGAUGGAUGAAAACACACGAGAUCUUAUCAAAGAGCAAUCUUCUGUGUACCUGCCAAAUCCAAUAGAAAAUAUACCUUAUCGGGAUGUUUCCGAUUAUCACUCGACGGAACAGCGCGAGCGAGCCUUUCAAAUUGAUAAUUCUCAGCAUGAGAAUCGCUUUCCAUCUAAAUUAGGCCCUGAUAAUAAAUUACAAAUAUAUCAAAAUUAUCCUCCAGACAUGAAAUCUAACAAAGAUUCACUCAAAAGUGAUGAAAAUGAUUUCUCGUGUACGAACAACGGCGGUUUACCAGAAGAACAGAAUAUUCAAAAUCAAGAUAUAAGCGCGGAUGCCGGAGUUGUAACUCGGUACACCUGCGCAAUAGCAACCGUCGCUUCGGCGGACAUCCUGGAGAUGCCAUCGGAAGAAACAGGACCAGAAUUCAUAAUCUCGUCUUCUCCCUCUCCUUCGCAUUCCCGGCCCUACGCCGGAGAGACUAGUAACGAGAUUAUCACGACCAAGGAAGAGAUACGUCGACACAACAUGCUGCAACAGAGUUUAGUCAAUCGACUGCAAAACGAACGCAUGAUACUGAAUGAUCAGUACGCGCCUGUCUACAAACAGCCUAGCAGUUUAAAUCAGUCUACAAAGUUUCAAUCGUUCAAUACACCGAAGCUGGAGCCGCCGCUUAUCGGUUUCUUAUCGAUUCCACCGAGUUCAGGACUCAGCACUUCUGGCACUACAAUAAACCGCGUCACUACUCUUAGAGGACAAUACGAGCAACCUGGCGGUCAACCGAGACCCGUUCAAAAGGAACGUUCUCCAAUCCUAAGAGGUCUGAAUAGCGCGAUGGACUCUAGCGAUAAAUAUCUGAUAUCUUGCUCCAACAAAUCGGCCAGAUCUGUUGUUCUGUCUAAGUCUGAAUCGUGGCAUCAGUUGGCACUGUCUAAUAGUCAUCAUCCGUCGCCGCGCCCGUCACAGGCUGGGUUACCCCCAACGUCGUCCCAUCUCCCGAAGCUGCUCCCAAAAUCAAAGUCGCCAUCGUUCUUUCGAAUGAAGAAACAAUACGAGGCGUCCUUGUCCUCAGACAAUGUGAAAAAAAUGGAAGAUAAGAUACGCAGAUACUUCGAUCAUUCGAACGACAACGUGGACGCAAAGGACUCCAAAGGCAAGCGUUUUCCUUCGCACGACAUAGUGACAAAAGGUUUAGUUGGCCUUUCUAGGAGCCGCACUAUGCCAGGAAUUUGCAACGAAAAGCUGCAUUUGUUGAUUCCAGCUACACCGCAACUUCCUGCGACGAAUCUCAACAGUACCGACGUGGAAAAAGUCUUUGACGACAUUUUUGAGGAAGCCACGAGAACCGACGAUCAUCGUUUCUGAUCAAUCGGUUCCUCGAUUUCUUUGUGCGCGUUACAAACUCGCGUUAUGAACUCGCGACACAUGCUAAAGACUAUUUGCGAUAAAAGUGGCAUAAGUUUGGGGCUUUUAAUAAUACUUCUUUUUAAGAUCACGCAACUACAUCAUAGAAAAUCGUUUCUUACAAUCAUCAAUAAUUUCGCCGCAGACGUGUUUGUUGCACAACGGCCAACCAUGUGAAUCGUUAAAUUGUUCGUGAUUUCACAUAUUGAUUCACGUAGCCUACCAUCGGUAGAUAAAAUUAAUCUACUACUGGUUUGUUUUAAUCAAAUUACUCUUUAGAGAUUUGCAGAUGAUCAUUGUCAUGUAUUUGUUUUCAGACUGUUCACGAAAACAUCAUAGUUGUCAAUAACUGAGGUUUAACUAUAUCGUCUUUCUAGUCAACUUUGACUAGUUGAUUUAUGAGAACUGUUUGUGUGCGGUAAUUUUUUCGUCAAAGUAAAUCCAGUAUUAGCAAAUUGCAUUUUACAUAAUGCCAAAGAACACUUGCGUAUUUUUUCAAAUCUAUUAUUCGGUUGCUUUUCCAUGCAUUUCCACAAAUAAUUGUAAAAAUGUCGUAAAGGGUUAUCUUAUCGCGUAAUCAUAACAUGUUCUCAAUACGACUAAACGCUACGAUAUAUAUAAUUAGACCGCAUGAUCCUUUGUUUUCGUCGUCGUAGAGAGCUUCGACCAGAAGAAAAAAUGGUGUUUCACAACAUCAUUUCAAGUUCCGAUGCAAGGAAAACUCUACAACAAAAAUAUAUUUCUUAAAUCUA